AUGCUCGAGGGGACCUCCCCCGCCGCCCGCAACGCCGCCGUCGCCCCGCAGAUCCGCGCCCGUAACCGCCCCACAAAGCGCCAGACGGGCUGGAACCCGCCCUCGGAGCUCUCGGGCGCUUUGAAGGAGGUGUGGGCGCACUAUGAGAAGACGUAUGACGGUGCCAUUGAGGGGAACAAGAACUGGGGAUGGGAUCAGAUUAUGGCGAACAACGGCUCCAUCAACAUCUGCGUCCGCUGGGACUCGACCGCCUCCAUCACGGCCGCCCAACGCACCAAGCUCGCCUCGACCUACGCGGCGCAGUACCAAAAGUGGUUCAAGUGGCUCUACGGCUACGACGGCUUCCCCUACGCCAACAUCGACGUCAACAUUGUCGGCUACGCCACCAACAACACCGCCCUCCUCGAGGGUUCCACCGACGGCCUGGACGUUCACACGGCCUUCAAGGACCCCGACGGCAUCCCCGCGUGCGACCCGGCUUGCAACCGCGAAGCGCACCUCGACGGCGACUACAGCGGGUGCAAGGGCGGCGAGGCCAGCCACUUUGACAGCUCGCUGCAGCUCACCGACGGGCUCGAGGGCGGGUUCGGGUAUUCGUGGGGUCAGCAGGUGGGAAGGGAGUAUAUGCUGAACAACCUCGACUCCGAGAAUAUUCACAUCUUGCUGCACGAAAUGGGGCAUUCUUUUGGUCUGGAUGAUUUCUACGACUGGGAGCCGACGGGACAGAGCAAGUUUAUCAUGCUGGCUGGGUCUGCGAUGGAGAUUACGGAUUUUGAUGGGUGGAUGUACCGUAACUGGUGGUAUGAGCUCUCGCAGAAGCGCGGGUGGGCCAAGACUGGAUCCGGGGCUGUUGCUUCUGGUGCUGCUUCGAGCUCGGCUACGCCUUCUGCUACUGCUACUGCUACUGCGUCUGCUGCGCCGAUUGUCAAGGAGGAGGAGGUUGCUGAGACUCCUGUCCCGACGCCUACCCCUACUCCUACUCCUACCCCCACUCCUACCCCUACGCCUGCGUCAUCUUCCUCUGUCGAUGAUAAUGUCCCUGUUGCGACGUGCGCUUCGGCUGCUCCCGAGCCUAGUGCGGCGGCUGCGGAGGAGUCCGGAUCCGAGGCGGCGACGGCGGCGAAGUGGAGCCAGUGCGGCGGGAGUGGAUACUCCGGGCCCACUGCUUGUGCUUCCGGAUCGUCUUGCACCAAGACCAACGAGUGGUACUCUCAGUGCUUGUAG